AUGGACCCGUCCAAGCUGCCGCUGUUCGCCCGCGGGCGGAGCAUGCUGAGCGAGGCGCUGUCUCCCACGACUAGGCGGCGAUUUGCCGGCUUCCUGGACACUGGGGCACCGUCGGAGGAGUCGCAGAUGCAGUCUCCGUUCGCCUUCUCGCAGACUUCAAGUCCGGCUCGGCAGAAUCCGUCGCCAGGGAGACGAACUCCAUCAAUGCGACGCCGUUCCGCUCUGUCGGAUGCAGACUUUGAUGGUAGUAACGCAAGUGACAGGAGUUUGGUGCGGAUUCCAUGCAACUCGCGGCCGUUCCGGGUGCGAUUGGCUCUGGAGAGGGGCCAGGUCGUGGUGCACGGGUUCGAACGCAGUGUGGACAAGGGCAAGAGAGGUCCCCCGGGGGACGUGGAGAGGUCGGGGAUGGUGCAGGUCGGCGACGUGCUGGUGGGUGUCAAUGGGCAGAUGAGGAGGUUCUCGACGCUGGAGAUGGCGCAGAUGACGCUGGCGAGUGUGGACAUGCCGGCGGAGCUCAUGUUCCGACGCGUGCUGGUGGUCAAGGAGACGCUCGGCGAGUACACUGAGACGCACAUUGCCCGUUAUUUAACGUUGCAGGAGAGUUUGUUGGUGAGUGCACGCGGCGUUCAGGAGGCGGCGUUGUUGGUGCAGGCGUGUAUUGAGGUGUUCGGUGAGAGUAAAUCGACUGUGCCAUUGGAGGACUACAUCGAUCACGUGGAGCAAGUGGUGCUCCCGUCGUUGGGCAUUUUGUCGGAUAAAGUGGCGUAUGACAGGAAGAACCGGUUUGAACAGAUCAAGCAAGUGAUGGAAACGGUGCAUCAGUGUGUGGACGCCCACAAGAAGAAGCAGGUCAAGGCGUGGAACGCGGCCAAGAGCUCGAACUACCGGCGAAUUGAGAUCUUGGCCAGGCAGCGCGCUAGCAUCAAGGAAAGACUUGAAAAGAUGCGCGAGAACAAGAAGGAACUGCGACCAGAGAACCACACUCUGUGGUCGGAGUACAUUGAACUGCGCCACCUUUUCACGCAACUGAGUGAGAACGUGGAGAAGUCGAAGCAAGAGCAUUACUUGCCGGACUUUGAAGGAUAUUUGCUGCGCUUCGGAAAUGACGGCAUUUAUGUCGGCGUUGGGGAUAUCUGGAUUCCAUCUUUCCACGCCAAGUUCUCGAUCGAGACGAGGUCGACAGCGCCACACUUGUCUCUGCAUAUCUCAACGCCCUCCACACGCGGACUGAAGAUCCGCGUGAUGAACUUUACACUAGUGACUGAAGGACGAUUGCCGAGUUUCCACUGUGAUGAGUUGAAUGUCGAGGCGCAGCUUGUGGCUGACAUCCCGCUCGUGUUUGACUCGAUACCGGGGUGGACUGUUCCGCCAGAGGAAUUGGACGUGAAGCUGAUGAGCUUCGUGUAUUACGAGAGGGAUAUCAACUCGACUAAGCGUGGCAAAGACCACGAUACAAUCAUGAAGAUGUUUAUCAACCGCAUGCUGCCUUCGGUCGUGAGAGGAGCUGUCCAGCGACUAUUUUGCGUCGAGCUAGGACCGCUGAUCCAACGUCGCGAAGCUCAAGUCGUGCUAUCCAGUGAGAUCAAGAUCAGUGGACGAAAGCUGGCGGUGUACGAUGCCGCGCUGAAAAACUCGAACACAGAGGCUAAGCGUGCAACAGAUCAAGAAUUAUCGGAGACAGCGCGUGACAUCAUGGCCAUCUCAGACGAUGAAGCCGAGGUUUUGUUCACCAUCUUCAAGACUUUCGUCGAUACGCACAACAACAACAAGACCCUGUUUGGCAAGGUGGAAACGCCGCGGUUGUGCAUCCGCAACCUGAUCAGCUACUUCGAGCAGUUCCACCAGACACCGCAUUUGAAGGCGCUGGCGAGUGAGCUCUGGGGGCAGAGCAUUCAGUUGUUGUCAACGACGUCGGACUCGCCGUCUCGUCGAGAUCCAGCGCUGUCGUCCCCUUUUGCCUCGAUCAUCGACACUAUCGAGCAGAUUAAGGAAUACCCUGUGGAUGUGUCAAUUUCGCUGGUGGAUGUUACGUUUCGCCUUGACCUGUGCGAGGGAGCUUCGACCUACUACAUGGCGCUGCAACGCAUCAUUCGCAGAAGUAUGGAUACGAGCUCGGUUGGCCUCGCAAAUCUGGCCGAGCUGCGCGAUAGCACCUACCUCCAGAACAAGCUGGCGCGGCUGGACAACCGCUAUGAGACAGCGACAAAGUUGCUCUCGUAUGUCACCACCAAUGUCGAUAUGCUAGGCGUCAUCUUCCGUGGUGUGCUUCCAAGUGGAUUUAUGAGCCGGUUGUUUGUUGAGGCGAGAGAUUUCUCCGGCAAAGGCCCAUGUGCCGGGUCGGUCACGAUCCCACUCACGGAUUUGGCAGCCUUGUCUUCACGUGACGGAGUUUCAAUUACCCCGCAAAGCGUGAACGAGCCUCCACCGUCAAUCUUGACCAGAACGCACGAACACGGAGCUUUAGUGUUUUCAAGGUUUCUGCUCGACUCGAUCCAGAACAAUGGCCCAGACGACGAAGUAGAACUCCCAAACGAUCGCUUGAAAGUUGCCGUGAAAAACCCAUCGGUUCGCGUGCUUUUCGAAGUUCCAUCCGACGUAUCACAGUUGGAGCCUGGACAAACGCUCACUCCGUUCUCCGUAUCGGUAGUCACCGAUGACGCUAACGAACCUCCAAAACUCAAGGUCGAGACGGGGGACUUUGGUAAGUGCCAGUACUCUGCUCAAAGUAUUACCCUGAGCGGGACAGUGUGGCAGUUCUUGAAGCGGACGCAUGAAUCAGCUGAUGAUGUACUGCGCUCCCAAGAGGCUGCAACAUCCGAUGACACAUCGAACCCCACCAGCACAUCGAAAGGGUCCUCCGAAGCUGGAGAGGAGGGCAGCAUUUGGGACGAGUACCUCGAGUCGCCGUUUUUCAGCCUCCGUUUCCACUUCUUCACGUCGUGUCAAGUGUCUCGUGACCACGUCUUCUUGAGCAUCGGCAGCGCUUCGCUGACGGAGCCGAAGGUCGCACAGCUCAAGCACCGCGUUUGCCUCGGGCAGCUGCUGCAAGACCUCGACAUGCUCAGCGUCGUCGACUCGAACGCGUCCAGGAGGAAGGCCGGCGCGAGGUUCCAGCACGCGCUGCAUCAACGAGCCGUCGACGCCGAGCGGCACGGUCCGUCCUCUGUCUCCAACUACUCGCAGAGUCAGACGAUCUUCUCGCAGUCAAGCUUCACCUCCAUAGACGACUUCGACGGCACGAGCGAGCCAGCGUCCGUGUACGAGUCGGAGUUCCACGACAGCGACACCCGCACCCCACGACAAUUUUUCCAGCGUGAGGCGGUGGACAGCAGUGCAGUUUCAAGCGAAUCGAGCCAAGCAGCGGACUCCGAUGCGCUGCCACCUCCAAUCCAGCCCAACGUUCGCUCUGUAGACCGCCGGACGAGCGCGCUCUACUUCUGA